UUGGAGUUUCGGACAAAAUUCAGUGGACUUAUCCGAUUACACACUCUGAAUUCUGAUAAAAGCCGCCCUAAUUCACAAUCAAAUCCUGAAUCUCUCUCUGAAAAUGGACAAAAUCCACCACAGCUUCAUCAAUGUACAGGGACUCAACCUUCACAUUGCCGAAAGCGGGACAGGUCCUAACGUGGUGGUCUUCUUGCACGGAUUUCCUGAGAUAUGGUACACGUGGCGCCAUCAGAUGGUGGCUGCUGCAAACGCCGGCUUCAGAGCUAUUGCCCCUGAUUAUAGAGGCUAUGGCUUAUCCGACCCACCAACUCAACCCGAAAAAGCCACCUAUAAAGACUUCAUAAAUGAUCUCCUUGCAAUUCUAGAGCACCUCCGACUUGCCAAGGUUUUUCUGGUGGCAAAAGAUUUUGGAGCCCGGCCGGCAUAUCAGUUUGCCCUUCUCCAUCCAGAGAGGGUUGCAGGAGUUGUAACAUUGGGAGUGCCAUUUAUGCCUCCAGAGCUCGCUCAAUUCCGUCAAAAUCUUCCUGAAGGCUUCUACAUAUUAAGGUGGCAGGAACCUGGACGUGCGGAAGCUGAUUUUGGCCGCCUUGAUGCAAAGACAGUAGUAAAGAAAAUCUACAUACUCUUCUCCAGAAGUGAAAUACCAAUAGCCGCUGAAAACCAGGAGAUAAUGGAUUUGGUGGAGGCUUCUACUUCUCUUCCACCUUGGUUUACGGAGGAAGAUCUUGCAGAAUAUGGAGCUUUAUACGAAAAAUCAGGAUUUCAAACUGCAUUGCAAGUUCCCUAUAGGAAAUUUCAUGAAGAUUACGAAGUAGCAGAGCUGAAAGUGAAAGUUCCAGCUCUGCUGAUCAUGGGAGACCAAGAUUAUGUGCUUAGAUUUCCGGGGAUGGAGGAGUAUAUAAGAAAUGGAAAGGUUAAGGAUUUUGUCCCAGAUUUGGAGAUUGUACAUUUGCCUGAGGGGACGCAUUUUGUUCAUGAACAAUUGCCGGAACAGGUGAAUCAGAUAAUCCUCAACUUCCUCAACAAACAUGUAUGAGUUACCAGGCAGCUUCCUGGAAGAAUGCAAGAGUACUUGCUGAGGCUUAUAUAUGUGAAUAUGGCUUGAAAUUGAAUAAUGUGUGUAUUAUACUACGAUUUUCCUUAUAUUAUGAAUAAAUUGGAGGACUUGUCUUUAUAGCCA